UCCAUUUUCUUUUCUCUCUUUAUACUAGUCUCUCUUGCCCUCUCUUAUCUUGUCCCAUCAUAUAUAGCCCGCCCUGGCCCGCGUUCCCACUCGUUACACUCCUUUUUGUCUCCUGUAACAAUAACGAUGAAUCCGGUCCUCUUCGCCUUGCUUGCCGGUAUCCUUUGUACCGCGCUCUUUGUGAGGUCAAGAUCGAAGACCAAACACCUCCCGCUUCCGCCUGGUCCGAAGCCGCUUCCCCUGGUCGGGAAUGUUCUUGACAUCCCGCUCAAGCAGAUGUGGCUUGCUGCAACCGAAUGGGCCAAACAGUAUGGCGACGUUGUAUAUGUCCACGUGUUUGGAGUCGCCCUGGUUUUCUUGAAUACAACAGACGCAGCGUUCGACUUGAUGGAGAAACGCGGCGCUAUUUAUUCCGACAAACCUCGUUUGGUCAUGACCGGAGAGCUGUGCGGAUGUGAAAGCAUGGUUGCUUUCACGCGCUACGGCGACAAGAUGCGCCGCUACCGCCGCCUAUUCCAGCGCGCGUUCGGGCCCGCGAGCAUCAAGACCUACUUCCCCCUCCUUGAGAUGGAGAGCGCGCCUUUCCUCCGCCGCCUCAUAACCACCCCCAAGAAUUUCCCCCAACACAUCCGACUCUACGCAGGCUCCUUGGUCCUGAACGUCAUCUACGGAUACCAGGUUACCACCCCCAACGACCCGAAUCUCGUCCUCGCGGAGGAAUGCGUCGACCUCCUCGCCAACCGCAUCGCAUCGGGCGGCGGAAUCUGGCCCGUCGACGUCUUCCCCUUCCUCCAGCACAUGCCUGACUGGAUGCCCGGCUCUGGCUUCCUGCGCAACGCCAAAAUCUGGAAGGCGAAGAUGGAGGAGUUCGUCGACAGGCCGUACUCGUAUGUCAAGGAGCAGAUGGCCAAGGGAACUGCGGUUCCGUCCUUCUGCUCGACGCUGCUCGAACAGGACGGCAAGUCCGUGGACGAACAGGCCGAGAACGACAUCAAAUGGGCCGCCAACUCUAUGUAUUCCGGUGCCGGAGACACCACUAUCGCCACUAUCUCCCACUUCAUCCUCGCGAUGAUGCUACACCCCGAGGUCCUGCGCAAGGCCCAACAAGAGAUCGACACCGUCAUCGGCCGCGACCGGCUGCCCAACUGCAACGACCGGCCAAACCUCCCCUACAUCGAAGCCAUCAUGCACGAGUGCCUACGCUGGGGUGUUCCCGUCCCGCUGGGCCUGCCGCACCGACUGAUGGAAGACGACGUGUACAGAGACAUGUACCUUCCUCAGGGCGCGCUGGUCUUUGCGAACAUUUGGGCCAUGCUCCGCGAUGAAAAGCUCUACCCCAACCCGGACGCGUUCUACCCCGAACGCUUCCUGGAAAAGGUCGACGAGACGACCGAGCGCAAGCGCGACCCGCGAAACUACGUGUUCGGAUUUGGCCGCCGACGCUGCCCGGGUAAUCAUCUGGCGGACGCAGCUGUGUGGCUGCUCAUCGCGUGCAUGUGCGCGACGCUGGACAUCACCAAGGCGGUGGACGACCACGGGAACGUCAUCGAGCCCGACGUCAAGUUCGAGAACAGUGUCUUCCGCGGCCCCACCCCCUUCGUCUGCGACAUCCGACCACGAUCAGAGCAGGCCCUCAGGCUGAUCAGCCAGGACCCUACAGCGUAAGCGCCUGGCUGCCCGCACGGACUAUUCUUCUUUUCGGUAGAGCCAGUAGGUUAUUCUCGUGUAAUUCGCUUUGUGUUCUGCUCUCGUUGCCGUCAGCUUUGCGUGGUAUUUAACCAAGUGUACAUCCAUAUACUUUCCUCUACAUUCGAGGCCACAAUGAAGAUUUUUUCGACUUCU